AUGUCUCGCUAUCUCACUCCCGGCAAGAUAGCUCUCCUUGCUCUCGUAGAGCUCUAUGCCGAGUCUAUGUUCCCUAAUGACUCCAUCGUACCGGUUCUAUCAUUUGUCGUCAAGCAUCUAGUCAGCCCCAAAGAAAACACUACCUUCAUCCUCAAUCUCGAGCAGAUCACCGCAGCCACCGUGGGCAGGGCCAGUACAGUUGUGGGCCGUUCAAUAUUCGACCUAUUGCUACGAAAGCUAUGGGAGAUCAAUUCCUUCGAUGCAUUGCACACCUUCUUCACCGACAUACAAGGCUUCCUUGUUGACCCCGAGAGUGGUUCAAAACCUCCAAUACGGGAACAUGGUGAAAAAUCACAGCUUAGUCGUGCAUCAGUACUGGGAUGCUUUGUAAGGAGGGCUGGAUUGGAAUAUGUUAGGCUACAGUUCAAUGAGGCGAUCCUGUUAUGGCAAUCGUUCAUACAGUAUCGGGAACCCACAUUGUCGAUGUGGAAGAAGAGGAAUCUUGGAGCCGGUCCACUAAGCUUUGAUGUUAAUUUGAAGGGAAUGUCAUCAAACGAUGCUCUGGUGAACCUGGUUUACGGGCAGGGCAGAUUAAGAGAAGCCAAGAAUUUAUCAACCGAUGAUGUAGAAAGACUACUCGAGUAUCAGGUUGACUCUAUGCAGAGAAUGGGUACUCGGAUUCCGGAUGAGAUGCAAGUCCAACUCCGCCAGAUGCUUGACACAAAUGUCACCAUUCCUGCACUAUCACAUUAUGUUGAAUUUCUGAAUUCGUGGCGCUCCGGGGACUAUCCAGGAUCGUUUGACAACCUACAUCGUUACUUUGACUACACUAUGCAUAAUCGUGAUAGAACAUUUUAUCAAUACGCUCUCCUUAAUCUUGCUAUCCUCCAAGCAGAUUUUGGCUGCUACCGCGAAUCAAUCUUAGCAAUGCAAGAAACCAUCAAUACUGCCCGUGAAAAUAAAGAUAUGGCCUGCCUCAACUUUUCCCUCUCCUGGCUGUAUCACUUUCACAAAGCCCAUCCCCAGGACUGCCCAGAUGUAAUCUCCUCGCGCAUGGAGCGGGAAUCCCUCCAGUUCCUCAAGGCCAAAGCUAAAGAGGGUGGCAUGCACCAUUUACAAUCGAUGGCCCACCUUUCAGAAGCUAAACAGAUUCUUGUCGGAGGUGAAAGUGUGCCCACGGCAUUUGAGAGCAUAUUGAGAAGCAGCCAUUUAAACGUUACUAAGAAUAUCCAUAAUGCGAUGGGAAGUCAAAUAUUAUUACAAAGUAGCCUGUGGUCCAGAUUGGGCAUGUGCUAUUUGGCGGGAGGAAGUUGUGAGUUAUUUUUGGCGAAAUAUAGAACAGAAAGCCCAGUUGAGGACGUGGUGAAAGCGUUAUGUAGGGAGGCUUAUAUUAUGUCAAUGAAAGGUAGAUUCGACGAUGCGAUAGACCGCCUAGACCAGGUCGAUCAAGACUGUCUUCGUACCCUUAAGGUCUAUCAAUACUGGGCCACCUACGUAGGUCUCUUAAAACUUAAGCAAGCUAUCUAUAAAGGUGACAUCUCGGCCGCCGAAUUACUUCUUCAACAGCUUUCCUCAUCACCAUACGUGGAGCCCGAUUGUGCACUUGAGAUAUCAAUAUGUCGCCUUGACCUUCAAGUCCGCCGCGGAAACUACUCUGCUGCCCUAGCAGGCAUCACCCAACUAGCCGAGGAGCUUAUUCGUGACCGUGCCGACCUCUACCAUCGCAUCCGGUUGAUGGUCUUUAAAGCAGAUCUGCUCUCAAAGUGCGGCCGCCCGCUCAAAGGUCUCUCUGUAGCCAUCAAUGCCGCCACAAUUGCCUGGCGGGCUCGCUUACUACCAGCGUUAUUCCAAGCGUUUAGAACCAUCGCAAAUAUCCUCAUUAAUUUGAGUGAGUUUGAGGCCGCGUAUGGAAUGAUGGAUAGUAUCAUGCCACAGGUGUUGGAGUGUGAAGAUGCGCAAUUGAAUGCACAGUGUUUUUCCGCAUUGGCAAACGCUCAGAUGGGGUUGGCAGGCGGAAAGAGUGGGGCCGGGAGGAAUGAGUGUUUGCAUAGGGCAUUAGAGUUUAUCGACAGAUCUUUUCAUGAAUAUGCACGGCUUCAGGACACUGAAGCACAAAUGACUUUGAUGAGCCAGAAGGCCCGUAUACAGGAUUUCAUUGGAGAUAAAGGACUACGGGAUGAUGCGGUGAAGAUGUACCGCCAGUUGCAAAAGGCAACCUGA